AUGAAAGCGAAGUCGUCCACGCCAGCGACGUGGGAACUCACCGACGAUAUGCCCAUCGUCGAGUCUAUCGGAGGUGUCAACAUCAGCCACCUGGUUCAACGCCGGCCUCUCGUCCGUACCAAGUCACUCCCCCGUGUUCCCAACCCUUUCUUCACCGGCCUGGACAAAGAUCACAGGUGGCAAGGCAUCCCGCCAUUCUCUGAGUCGCCAGAGCACGAACACUCACGUACCCGUGAGCUACACACUCGUGGCCCAGUCGACAUUGUCGAAGGGCUCGAGAAGAAGCGCCAGAAACGCAAAGAAAAGUUCUGGCGUCAACAUUGCCGCAAAGCUGCCAAAGAGCAGAUGGGCAAACGGCCUGUUCCAGGCCAUGGAGCCGAACGGAUGAAGGAGCUUGGCCUCGAAGUUGCUGAGAGGUGCAGAGCUUAUGGUGUCGGUCAAGACGCCCAGCUCGUCCUAUCUGUUUAG